AUGGAUGAAGAUGAAAUCUACAUUGAUGAAAAUUGGGUUAUUCACAAGAAGAAGCCAUCAGUAGAAGAGAAGAAGCAAGAUGUACUUGACUCUGAAGAAGACAGCACCAAACAAAUGCUCAAGGAAAACCAUUCUCUGUUUGAGUACUUAGAGUAUAAAUAAAUCCAAGGAAGCUAAGGAGGUGCUUCAGAAGAGUAAGGUUCCCUUCAUAAUCAAGAAUUUAUUCCUUAAAGUAAAGAUUUCAAGAUUCGGCUCAUUUUAUAAUAAAUAUCUUGCAAGUUCACCGAGAAUUCGGAAUAAAAAUAAAAUUUUGUGAUUAGAAGUCCUUUCUAAGCCUUCUUUAGAGUUAGCAGAUCAAGGCCAUGGAGACCUCGAUUUUUUGAAUGAUGAAGAUGAUGUGGAAAUGGAGUGGGACAACUUCAAUUACACAGACCACCUCAGCUUAAAUUAUUUAAAGGAUCACACAAGUGAUUUAUACAAUUUUGAAAUCUCAGUCAAUGAAAAGGCAGCUCCUCCGCCUAGUAUUUUCGAUGAUUGGGCUGAAUCUCCUCAAGUUUCAAGCAAUUUUGGAAAGUCAGCUAGUCUGGGAAAGAAGAAACUUAUUCAGACAACUCUUUCAGGUUAUAAAUAA